AUGCUCUACCGGAGUAGCGCAACUCCGCAAGCAAAUCCUCCUAUCUCCAAGCCUCCAAUCUGUGAACGGUGAACCCCAAUCGAAUGACGCCGACGGCGAGCCUCCUCCUCCCGGCUCCCCCAUUCGUCUCUAUCUCCGAUGUGCGCCGCCUCCAGCUCCCCCCGCGCGGCGGCCACCGGCCUCGCCCCUGCUGGAAGGGCUUGGAGUGCGGCUCCGUACAGACGCGGAUGGUCUCUUCUUUCGUUGGGAGCAGAACACGCCGCAGAAACGUUAUAUGUGCUUCCCUGUUCGGAGUUGGAGCUCCCGAAGCACUGGUCAUUGGAGUAGUCGCCUUGUUGGUGUUCGGCCCCAAGGGUCUAGCAGAGGUAGCCAGGAAUUUGGGGAAGACUUUGCGUGCUUUCCAACCAACCAUUAGAGAGAUACAGGAUGUAUCAAGGGAGUUCAGGAGCACUCUUGAACGAGAAAUCGGAAUUGAUGAGGUUUCCCAGUCGACGAAUUAUACACCCACGACCAUGAAUAACAACCAACAACCUGCUGCCGACUCAAAUAUCAAGCCUGCACCUGCACCUUACACCAGCGAUGAACUUGUGAAAGUAACUGAAGAACAAAUUGCUGCAUCAGCUGCUGCAGCUUGGAACCCGCAACAACCUGCAUCGUCGCAACAGCAAGAAGUGUACACUACUCCGAGUGAGGACGCUCCUACAUCAGGAGGAAGCGAUGGUCCUGCUGCUCCAGCUCUUGCUGCGAGUGACUCGGAUCCAAAGCAAGUGAAUCUGGACAAGGCGGAAACACAGAGAUGACUCCGCUUAACAGCUUGACACUGGAUGGGAUGAGCACACUGAACACGUCAGGACGAGCAGUCUUAUUUUAAUUUUGUAGGCGAUGGACUUCAGAUUAAAGCCAGUUAUUUGGACUGCUGCAGCUAUAAUCUAUAGAGACAUAACACUGUAAAAAUAGUAGAAUCCGUUUUAGAUUAAAGCCAAACGAGAUGAGAGCGUUUUCUGUGUUUACUAGGCUUGUUCUGUAGCAGCAUGCAUGGGCAGGUUCAUACAAAAAGGCUAUGUGUAUGCGUAACAUAACCACGAGUUUAUAUGGAUUAAAUAUAUUUA